AUGUUCUAUUUUCUCUUUGGCACAGUGAAUUGCCGAAAAUGCCCUCCACUCAACCUUUUCUGCUCUUCCCUUUUUACCCCUUCUCCUCCAGUCUUUGUUCCCAGCGAAUGUAUCGUUAACUCAGAGAAGGAGUUCAUCGUUGAUUUCGAACUAGCUGGUUGGGGGGCAGCGAUGGAAGAUUUCAGUUCAAUCUUGGAGAUGCUUUGGCGGCUGUUGAUUUUCGUUUGGGGAGUCGAGCUGCGAAUCCAGCGGCCCUUCGGUUUAUUGAAUUGUCUGUUCGCUGUGAUAAUUUCUAUCGUUUCUGCAACCUUCAUCUCAGGCACCUUUCUGCGAGUUCUUGCGUCCUUUGUCUUCGGCCAGUUCUGGCUACACUAUGAGGGUUUCAUAUUUCACUCAUUGAAUUCCUUGCUAAUGAUUUGUUCUUAG